AUGCCUGUCGUCAAGGGCGGCGUCUGGACCAAUAUCGAGGAUGAGAUCCUCAAGGCCGCCGUCUCCAAAUACGGCUUGAACCAGUGGGCGCGAGUGUCAUCGUUGCUCGCCCGGAAGACGCCCAAGCAAUGCAAAGCGCGCUGGGCCGAAUGGCUGGACCCGGGCAUCCGCAAGAUCGAAUGGAGCAGGGAGGAGGACGAGAAGCUCCUGCAUCUGGCCAAGUUGAUGCCCACGCAAUGGCGAACCAUCGCGCCAAUCGUGGGCCGCACGGCAACGCAGUGCUUGGAGCGCUACCAGAAGUUGCUGGAUGAAGCCGAGGCGAGGGAGAGCGGCGAGCUGGGCUUGGGUGGGCCCGAUGGCGGCGAGACUGCUGCGCCGAGUGCAGACGACGUGAGGAGAUUGAGACCAGGCGAGUUGGACCCGGAUCCGGAAAGCAAGCCUGCACGCCCCGACACGAUCGACUUGGAUGAAGAUGAGAAAGAGAUGCUGUCGGAAGCGCGGGCACGCUUGGCCAAUACACAGGGAAAGAAGGCGAAGCGAAAGGCUCGCGAGAGACAGUUGGAGGAGAGCAGGCGAUUGGCGGUGUUGCAGAAGAGACGCGAGCUCAAAAGCGCCGGCAUCAACGUCAAGGUCACCACCAAGAAAAAGGGGCAGAUGGAUUACAACGCCGAUGUUCCCUUCGAGAAGGCUCCAGCGCCAGGAUUCUACGACACGCAGGACGAGCAGACGAUGAAUGAGCGCGCACGGGAGGCAUUUGAUCCGCGUAAACAGCAACUGGCCAACAAGCGCAAAGGGGAGCAGGAAGAGGGGGACGUGCAAGAGCCCAAGAGGCGAAAGAAUGACAAGGAUGGCUCUUCUGCGCUGGCUGCUGCAGCCAAAGCCGGACAGCUACAAAAGGUCCGAGAGGCGGAGCAGAGCAGCAAGCGAAGAGGUCUAGUUCUCCCUGCUCCACAAGUGAGCGAGGCAGAGCUGGAGGACAUUGUCAAAAUGGGAAUGGCUGGAGACAGGGCCACCAUGGCAGCCGAGGCGAGUGAGAACGAUGCCACUAGGGGUUUGUUGGGCAGGUAUACAAACACCGUGGGUGCCACGCCGCUUCGCACGCCGCGAGCGCCGCAGGAAGAGGAUCGGAUUGCGAACGAGCUACGAAACGCGCGCGCCAGAACGGAGACUCGGUCAGCUCUUUUGGGCGGCGACAACACUCCCCUGCACGAUGGGCAAUCGACAACGGGCUACGAAGGCGUUGCGCCCUCCAAGCAGGCUUUGUCGACUCCCAACCCUAUGGCGACGCCAAUGCGGAACGGGAAUAUCAAUGGCGCGGCUGGUGCCCCGGGAGCUACACCUAUGCGCACACCCCGUGACAAUUUCAGCUUAAAUCAAGAAGAUGGCUCCUCAUUGCCCGGUCAGACGCCACGAGAUAUCCGCUUGCGCGAACAAGCCGCAAAGAGUUCCCUCCGCAGCAAGCUUGGCGCUCUACCGAAGCCAAAAGAGACGGAGUGGGAGCUUGAGCUGCCGGAGGAGCAAGAUGAACAGGGGGCUUCACAGAAUCAAACGACCGAGGAGGAUGCGGCCGUGCGAGACGCACGCAAUGCGCAGAUCGCAGAAGCUGCAGCCUUGGCCGAGUUUAAGCAACAGACGAGAGUGGUGCAAAAGGGCUUGCCUCGACCGAAAGUUGUUGAUGUGCAGGCCAUGCUGCAGAAUGCCAGGAGCAUCGAAGACCCCAUCCAACGCUCGAUUGCCGAGGAGAUGGCAUUGCUGAUGGCGAAUGAUGCCGUCAAAUUUGGCGGCGCCAAGGUCAAGGGUCACGCCGCGCCCGUUGCGGAUCUAGACAGCGAGUCCUUGCAAAAAGCGCAGAUGGAGGUUAUCCUCGAGAUGGGCAAGGAUGGCGAUCGGGAGAAGUUUGGCGCCGCGUUCGUGGAGGAAUGGGAAAAGGCGCAUUCCUCCACUCUUCUUCCUGGCCUGGCUGGCUACGACUCGGACGCAGAUGCUGUUGAUGAAGAACAACUACUCACCGAAUCCUUUGACAAAGUGCAAGAUGCCAUCAUGGCAUCGGCUGACAAGGGUGCGGGGCUGGAGAAGAAGCUUGCGAAAGUGCACGGCGGGUAUCUGGGCCGGCAGAAGACAUUACGGCAGAAGAUUGGGGAGGCGGCGGCGUUCUUAGAGAAGACGAAAUUGGAGGUGGAGGUGGGCAGGGUGGCGCAAGUUGUUGAAGAGGCGGGAAUCAGGGAGAGGAUGGAGCGGUUGAGGGAGGAGGUGGGCUUUGUGGGGCGGAGGGAGAGAGAGGCACAGCACGAAUACCGCGAGACGAGGGAGGAGAUGGAGGGAUUGUAA